ACUUGCAGCAAAGCAGUAUUCAAAAACUUUCGAGACUUUAACUUUAUGAAAAAAGUGUUAUUAAUAAAUAAUAUUUGUUUGUUAGUUAAAGAGUUUUACAUAAUAUUAAUUUUAUUUAAGUGAGUUCUCUACAAAUCGUUUGUGCUGUGUCAUCUUUAAAAUAAUGAUAGACAAAAUAAGCACCCGAACACGCAACUAACCAAUUAUACUGGACAUCUUAUAUAACGACCGAACCAGAGAAUCAUCCAGUUAUCACCAUUAUUGACUGUGAGAUACACGACUUCGAUUAAUUGCAAUAAAUCAAUCGCCAUAAUGCGUUUAGUGUUCUUUAUAAUUAUUUCAAUUUUUACCAUUGGGCAAACUGCAAAUAUUCUUGGAAUAUUUCCCUUGCCCGGAAAAAGUCAUUUUGUUAUGUUUGAACGCCUGUUAAUGGGUCUUGCAGAAAAAGGCCACAAUGUCGAUGUUGCGACACAUUUUCCUAGGAAAGAGCCAACUCCGAGAUACAAUCAGCUGAGUCUGGUAGGAAGUCUUCCAAUUUUGGUCAAUAAUUUAUCGUUUAAUUUAUUUGACGGUUUCACUAAUUACGACAUGAUGCACUUUAUGACCAAAAUUUGUGGCGUUGAUGUUUGCGCAGCGACUCUAAACACUUCAGUUUUACGCAAUUUAAAGAACACAAAAAAAAAGUACGAUUUAGUUAUUACUGAAAUUUUUGGGUCGGAUUGUAUGCUAGGUUUUGGACACUACUUUAAAGCACCAACUGUUUCUUUGAUAAGUAGUAUAAGUUUACCGUGGGCCGGGGACAGAAUCGGAAAUCCAGACAAUCCUUCUUAUAUUCCAAACUACUUUGUUUCUUCCACCGCAAAAAUGAGUCUGUUUGAAAGAGUGGAAAACACGAUUAUGUUGAUGUACACCAAAUUUUUAUACCACUACUUUUCUUCGAAAGAGUCGAACCAAAUCGCAAGGGAAUUUUUCGGACCUGAGUUACCAUCUCUAGAGGAGCUAGCCCGAAACACCAGUCUUGUUAUAGUAAACAGCCAUUUCAGUAUUUCACAUGCAAGACCAACAGUACCUAAUUUUAUUGAAGUUGGGGGACUUCACAUUCACGAAGCUAAACCAUUAUCCAAACAUUUUGAAGAUUUGGUUACAACUGACGCAAACAAAGGGAUAAUUUACCUAACGAUGGGGUCUAUGAUUAUGACAGAAACUUUCGAUCCUGCAAAACUCCAAGGAAUGUUUGACGCUUUUGCGGAAUUACCGUACAAAGUUUUAUGGAAAGCUAAACGAGAAAAUUUUCCUAAAGGCUUGAAAAUUCCGAAGAACAUUUAUUUUGAGAAUUGGAUGCCCCAAAUGGACAUUUUGUGUCACCCUAAUGUUAAAUUAUUUGUUUCUCAUGGUGGUUUGAUGGGGAGUCAGGAAGCGGUCUACUGUGGAGUUCCCCGAUUAGGAAUACCACUUUUUGCCGAUCAGGAUAACAAUAUUCGUGCUUCCGAACGCAUGGGACUUAGCAUUAAAGUAGCAUAUAAUGAUAUUAGUAAAAAGACAAUUCUUGAAGCCUCGAAAAAAUUACUUGAAGAUCCCACAUACAAAAAAAACGCUGAACAAAUUUCAAAACAGUUUAAAGAUCGUCCUCUAUCUCCUUUAGAUACAGCGAUUUUUUGGGUGGAAUAUGUCAUAAGGCACAAUGGAGCUCCUCAGUUACGAAGUGCAGGGGCUGAUUUGCCUUGGUAUCAGUAUUAUUUGAUAGAUGUUGUUGUUAUUUUAGCUUCUGGACUUUUUAUAUUUAUAUUAUCUACCAUUUACGUUUUAAAAUUAGUGCUCCACUUUAUAUACGGUAAUCAUAAACAUAAAACCGAAUGAUUUAUAAGUUUUUUUUCAUUAUACGGCGUAUAACGAUAUACAUGUUUUAUUAAAUACAACAUUCUUAUACAUGUU